AUGAGCAACCCCGCUAAAGGCGUCAAAUUUGUCGGCUCCGACUCUUCGGGGCUUCCCUUGAAGCGGAAGCAGGUUCUGCAGGCCUGCGAAUCAUGUCGCAGAAAGAAGAAACGCUGCAUCCACGGGGAACCUCCGCCGUUGGAGCCCGCCCAUGACGGGUGUGCGGGUUCUUCGCCGCCGGACAACGCUGGACAACAUGUCAUCGCCGGCACUGGUUCGCCAAGCAAACAUCGUCACUCGGCGUCUGUGACCGCUGAUGCCGUGCUGUCCACGACCCCUGUUCGCCGUGAAUCUGCCACGGCGGGCCAUUCGGAGCCAGCGCAGACUCCACAGACGCGCUUCGUUGGCGAUCUUAACCCGGAGGGCAUGUUCGCCGAGGCCGCCGACUCAGAUCCGGCCGCUAACCCUACGCAGAAGGCCGAGGUGGGUGUCUGGCUUCCGUCACUCAACGCCGCUUCGGCACAGUCGACCACCUCCGUUGUCUCGCGUCCGUCGGCUAUUAUCGACAAGGUCUUGCUGCCUUAUGUGAAGCAGAAUUGUCUCACCUGUGUCCCGCCGGAGAAGGACUACAAACAUCUCCACAAGGUGUACCGAGACAAAAUCCAUCCUAUUUUCGGCCUUAUCCCAGACGAGGCUUUGGAUGAUGGCGAUUCCCCAGCAGCUAUUGUCAUGCGACAAGUGGUAUGCCUCGCCGCUGCCACUGACCCUGACAUGAAGAGCCACUUGCGCCUCGCUACGCAGGGGAAUAAGAGGCUCUCGUACCAAGACUUCUCCCAGACAUUGUCUAGCUCUAUACGGGCCAUCCUGGAUACGAGCUUGAUCUCGGACCGGACGAUACACAUACGUGCCUUGUGCAUGCUAUCACUGUAUGCCCAGCCUUCAGGUUCUGAUGAAGCAGAUUUGCCUGCUCAACUUGGCGCCAGGGCCGCGCACCAUUCGCAGACCCUUGGGCUGCACCUCUUUCACUCCAGCAACGACUCUCUUGAUUCCCUUUUCUGCGCUGUUUGGGCACUAGAUCGUAUCAACGCGGCGACCUACGGAAGACCUUGCGUCCUGCACGAGGGUGACAUCGGUCCCGGGCUAGACGACUGUUUCCGCAGACAAGCGCCCUGCUUCCAACUUUUCCUAUCGGUCGUGCAGUGGCUGGAUAAGGUGAUUGAGCUCUAUCGUCCGGGUGUUAUUGCUCAGUCGCUGGAAGCAAAGCCCUUUAUCGAUCUACCAGUCCUCGAGCCUAUGAUCCUCGAAGCCAAUGCGUUGCAGGUUCCCACGCCGCUUCUUGAGGUCUUCUACCACGCCGUAAUCAUCCUCUCAUGCCGCUUAUCCAGACCAGGCCCCCCGGCACAAUACGCGUCAUCAGUACCACCGCCCUCAGCAAACGCACGACGCUCUCUCGCAGCCGAGCGAAUAUCCUCCGCCAUCCGCCGCGAUCACCUCAGCCCAGUCCCACUUGUCCCAUACGCCCUCUCCCUAGCCCUCAGCGUCGAGUACCGCAAAAUGCGACACAGCGCCCUUCCCAUGUUCCGUGCCCGCGCCCGCAGUGCCUUCAAAUCCAACUCGGAGCUGAUGAAGAGAUUCGGCGACGUCUUUUGGAGCGCACGAGUCGUCGCGGGACUGGGCGAGCGUAUCCUGCGAGAAAUGGAGCGAGCCGCAAACUCCAUUGCUCAAGAAGGGGGUGCGGCUUUGCCAGCUACCGCUAUUGUCGAUGUACCUGUGAAUGGUAAAGUCGACGAGCCUUUGGUGGUUGACGGGGCACCGGCCGAGCCGCCGUCGGCUCCCUUGGCUCCUACGUCAACCGCCGAGCUCCCGGCGCUGGAAGCGAUUGACUUUUCGAUUGUCGAUGCGAUGCCGCAUCUAGAUGUCUUUGGCCACUUCGAUCCGAGCUUCAACCUAUCGGCAGUCGAUAACGCUUUGGAGGCUAACCUCGAUAUAGGGCUGCCCCUCAACUGGGGUGAGUGGGAUCAAUUUGCUGGUUGA